AUGACGGGGGAGGAAGAUGACGACGUCCGCCUCGAGGCUAUGCCUGCAGUAGAUACUCGUCUUGAGCUGGACGAGAUGUCCCUUGAAGAGUUCGGUAGUGCCUUGGAGGUAGGCGAUUUGGCUGAAGUGGUCAGUGUACGACCGAACGAGAAGAUAAGCUCGUCAUCGCGUCUAGAUGAAUCUGUCUUGGAGGACGUCAAGAGAGUGCUAAACGCACGAACUGGAUUGUCGAUCCUACGGAAUCCCUUGGAUCCGUACUAUCCUUUGGUGAAGGAAUUUCGAGACGUCGUCUCCAAAGACCCGCCUUCGGUCCUACCUCCGGACCGAGGUGUGCGUCAUGAGAUCGACCUGAUUCCUGGAACCAAAUACUGCGUACCACGCCAAUGGCCCCUGCCCAAGGAGCAGUGCGACGUAGACGCCUUUUUCCGUUCAAAGCACGACGCAGGAAUGGUGCGUGAGAUCAAGUCUCCCCAUUUGUCACCCACGGUUUGUAUUCGGAAGCCGAACGGCAAGUGGCGUAUUGCUCAUGCUUACAAUAAGCUCAACUCUGCCUCCAUUCCGGCACAGACGCCGAUCCUAGAAUAG